AUGCCUGUUGUUGCUGGUCCUCCCGCCCAGGCCGGCCCAGGGGGUGCGCCGUCGACUUUCGACAAGAUGAAAAUGGGUUGCAUGAUGGGUUCCACCGUCGGUGGUAUCAUGGGCUUUAUUAUUGGAACCGUGACAAUCUUCCAGUACGGCGCUGGCCCCAAUGGUGUCAUGCGGACACUGGGCAAGUAUAUGCUGGGCUCGGGUGCGACUUUUGGACUCUUCAUGUCUAUUGGUAGUGUCAUCCGCUCCGAGGGACCUGUGAACGAUGCCUGGCUUCGUGCCCGCGGACCCCCGAUGAUGCUCCCCCGACAGAGCCCCCUGCGCCAAUAA